CAAAGAUCAGUGCUAGGACAGUGACCUGCCUGCUGCAAACAAGACCUUGCAGAGUAUAAAACCCCAGUGGCACAGUGGAGCAGGGGAUAGCCUGAGGCACGCUGAGGAGGAUGGAGGCCAACAUGAACCUCCUGCACGACGUGGGCAUCCGAACAACACACUGGCUGCAGCAGCGCUUCCAGGGCUCCCAGGACUGGUUCCUCUUCAUCUCUUAUGCUGCUGAUCUCAGGAAUGCUUUUUUUGUCCUCUUCCCCAUCUGGUUCCACUUCAGUGAAGCAGUGGGCAUCAGGCUCAUCUGGGUGGCUGUAAUCGGAGACUGGCUCAACCUCGUCUUCAAGUGGAUCCUCUUUGGGGAGAGACCAUACUGGUGGGUCCUUGACACAGACUAUUAUGGCAACAACUCUGCACCAGAGAUCCAGCAGUUCCCGCUCACCUGCGAGACUGGCCCCGGGAGCCCAUCUGGCCAUGCCAUGGGUGCAGCAGGCGUGUACUAUGUCAUGGUGACAGCCCUCCUCUCUGCUGCUGGGGGAAAGAAGCAGUCAAGGACUCUCAGAUACUGGAUGCUCUGGACAGUGCUUUGGAUUGGGUUCUGGGCAGUUCAGGUCUGUGUCUGCAUGUCCCGAGUCUUCAUUGCUGCUCACUUCCCCCAUCAGGUGAUUGCAGGAGUUUUCUCAGGGAUGGCUGUGGCCAAGACCUUCCAGCAUGUCCGCUGCAUCUACCAUGCCAGCUUCCUUCGGUACCUGGGCAUCACCCUCUUCCUCUUCAGCUUCACCCUGGGUUUCUACCUGCUGCUGUGGACAUUCGGUGUGGACCUGCUCUGGACGCUGGAGAAGGCACAGAAAUGGUGCAGCCACCCUGAGUGGGUCCACAUUGACACCACUCCCUUUGCCAGCCUUCUCCGUAACCUGGGCAUCCUCUUUGGGCUGGGGCUGGCCCUCAACUCCCACAUGUACCAGGAGAGCUCCCGGCUGAAGCAGGGCCAGCAGCUGCCCUUCCGCCUGGGCUGCAUCGCUGCCUCCCUCCUCAUCCUCCACAUCUUCGAUGCCUUCAAGCCACCCUCCCACAUGCAGCUGCUCUUCUACGCCCUCUCCUUCUGCAAGAGUGCGGCCGUGCCGCUGGCUACUGUCGGCCUCAUCCCCUACUGCCUCUCCCAGCUCCUGGGCACACAGGACAAAAAGGCUGCCUAAGGCAGGCAGACACCCCAGCCCUGGGCUCAGGGCAGCUACCAGGCCCUGGGUGCACCUCAGCCACUGUUUGCUUCCUGCUGCAUCUGCACAGGCUGACUCUGCUCUGGGAGCACACUAUGGAGG